CUACAUCCAAAUUUCCCUCUCUAAGCAGAAUGUCGUCCGCAAACCGCCCAAUAGUCUUCAUGGACAUCAACAUCGGUGAAACCCCAGCUGGUCGUUUGAAGAUGGAGCUUUUCAGUGAUAUCGUCCCAAAAACCGCAGAGAACUUCAGGCAGCUGUGCACUGGGGAAUACAGAGUGAAUUCGCGUCCACAAGGGUAUAAAAAUGCAACGUUUCAUAGUGUUACAAAUUUCAUGUGUCAAGGUGGUGACUUCUUGAAGGGAGAUGGGACAGGUUCAUUUUCAAUAUAUGGCGAUAAAUUUCCGGACGAGAACUUUCAAGAAAAGCAUACUGGCCCAGGUCUUUUGUCGAUGGCCAAUUCCGGACCGAAUACCAAUGGAUGCCAAUUCUUCAUCACGACCGCCAAGUGUGAUUUCCUUGACGGGAAACAUGUGGUCUUUGGUAAAGUUAUCGAUGGAAUGCUCACAUUGAGAAAGAUCGAAAAUGUAGCUACGGGUCCAAACAACCGACCAAAACUGGUUGUCAAAAUAACCGAAUGUGGGGAAAUGUAGCAUUGUCUACCAAUACAUAACAGGUAUUGUAGGUUUGAGCUAGGCAUAGCAUUCAAACCUGCCCUCGCGACUUUGAAGCAUCGCCUCAGUAGCUACCCAGCGUUUGCGUGUACUCGUAGAAUAUAAAUACGGUUUUGUGGA